GCCGCGCAGUUCGUGCAACCGCAUCCAAAUUAGUCACUUUUGCCGGCUGUUAUGGACCAUACACGGGAGAUUCUGACCUUCCAGUUUGGAACCUACGCGAACUACGUGGGCGCGCACUUCUGGAACCAGCAGGAGGCCAACUUCAGGUACGGCGACGAAAGCGAACAGGUGGCCGAGGAGCAGCUGCCCAACAAUGACAUAUUGUACCGAGAAGGGAUAAAUGCCCUCAAUCGCACCACCUACACGCCCCGCCUGCUAUCCGUGGAUUUGGCGGGAACUCUGGGCCACAUUCCGGUCACCGGCGAGCUGUACGGCAACUUUGUGCAGCGAGACGAGGAGCUGCUGCCCCUGGGCACCGGCGAGCAACUGCAGCGGGCACGCCAGCAGGCGGAGGAGAGCGGGGUGUCCACCUCGCAGCAGCUGGACGUGCAGGAGCAGCCACAGGCCGCCGUGUCCGAGUAUCAACGGGAUCUGCUGAGGAAUUCCGUGGUGCCCGAGAAGGACUAUCGGCUGGCGGAGACGGCAAACAGUUGGGCGGACUUCCUGUACGCCCGUUAUCAUCCCCGCACCCUGAACAUAUUGCCGGGACUGGUCAGGGAUCCGACUGUCCAAGCGCUGGGCACCUACUCCGCCGGCACGGAAUUGUGGCAGGCAGCCGCCUUCAACGAUGAGUUUUGCGAUCGCAUCCGCUUGUAUGUGGAGGAAUGCGAUGGCCUGCAGGGCUUCCAUGUGCUCUUCGACAUUGACGAUGGCUUCGGCGGGCUGGCCGGGAAGUGUCUGGAGCACUUGAACGAUGAGUACAGCCGGGCGAGCUUUGUGCUGCCGCUGCACCAGCCCAGGAACACGAGCUAUGCCCAAGCGGAUCCCCGCCUGUCACACAGCAUUCGGGUGGUGAACAGCGUGCUGGGCUACCAUCACCUGAGCGAGCAGGCUUCUAUGUUCACGCCACUGUCCACGUUGGAGACCAUCUGGCGGAACACCAAUCUCAAGUCGCGCAAUCUGCCGGGACUCCAAUGGCAGGCGGACAACCUCUAUCAAACGUCGGCCCUGCUGGCUGCCUUUCUGGACACGGCCACUUUGGGCUAUCGCCUGCGGCAAACGCCGGAUUCCCUGCUGCGUUUCUGCGAGCGUAUUUCUCCUUCUGGCCGCAAGAUGACUGCCGCAGGAUUGGCUCUUCCUUUCGGCCUGAGAGAGGGCCAAGAUUUGAUAGAGUUCCUAGACCAGAGCGGAGACCAUGCGCUGCUAACACAACUCACGCCGGGCUGCGAACCGGGCACCUCCUAUGUGAUGCAAUCGGUGACGGCACGCGGCAUUCCCGCAGAGCGUUUGAAGCGUCCCAGGGAGCAGGCCGGCGAACAACUGCGGAUGGCUGCCUAUGGCUGCGACAGUGUGUCCCACAUGCUGCAGCUGUACUACCAGUGCAGCUAUCAUGGCAGUGCCACCAAUGCAGCAGCCACACCACUGCCGCUAAAGACGCAGCUGCCCUUCCCCCAUGAGAUGUUCUCGGGCAGCAUCUCUGGCAAGGGCUUCUGCUUGCCAGGAGGGUCGGAACGCGAGCCGGGCACUCGUGUGGAUGCCGCACCCGUGCUGGCCGCCCUGCAGAACUCCACCAAACUGGGCGAGCACUUGGACAAUUUGCACGCCCAGACACAUCGCGUGCAGCUGGCCAAGCUGCAAGCGUACUCGAAUUCCGGCUUGGAGCGGGAUGACUACGAAUCGGCGUUGGAUCAGCUGCUCGAGUUCCGUGACCUUUACGCAGAUUCGCAGUAUCUGUAGAGCCCAAUGCUCUGGUGGAAUAUAAGAUUUUGUGAUAAGCCCUAGGAUAAUACACACAAUAAACACUCACAUGCACACGAUUACGAAGGAAAGCCCAGUUGACCCAAAGGACCUUUUCCGACCGACUUCACCUUUCCGCGACGACUACGUGCGGCUACUUGCCGCUUUGUUUAACCGUAACCCUUGCGGAUCCGGAUCGGGAGUUGGGCCCGCCUAAUUUAUACGGAAAUUUAUUGCCAAUAAAGCGGCAGUAAUUGAAAUCUCAA